AUGCGAAAAUCAGAAAUAUGCAAGUUAAAAAAGGUACUGGACCCAGCUAGGAAAUCGCGCAACAAACGUAAAUCGGUCAAAUCCAGCAAAAAGUCUCGUGUGCCGCAAUACUCCACAUUGACAAUAGGCAAUGGUUUGAUGAAGAAAGUGCGCACGAAAGACUCUUUAGACGCACUGAUUCAUAGUUCCAUCAAGGAAGCAUUGGAGCUGUUUGAAGAGGACCCUAAAGCAUUUGAGGUGUACCAUGCGGGAUUUCAACAACAAUUGACACAAUGGCCGGAUGACCCAUUGCAAUGGAUUGUUAACUAUGUGAAUGAAAUAUCGCGGGGUCGGAAAAUCCGUAUUGCAGACAUGGGUUGUGGUGAUGCACGUUUGGCAAUGGCCCUGGGUGAGGAGAAAAAGGUCUACUCGUUCGACUUGGUUGCCGUAAACAGUCGAGUUACUGCAUGCGAUAUGGCUCAUGUAAGUCACGUACUAAUAUGCUUUUCGCAGAUUCCAUGCCUAUACUGGGGAUCGCUAAAACAAUCACUUGUCACAUUGCAAAGUUAUGAUACUAACAAUUCAAUCUUACAGACCAUUUCAUUCCUACAAAAUAGUAUUUCUGAAAUUUAG